AUGUUAUAAAGAAUUAAAAUUGUUAGAUCCCUCAAUUAGACAUUGAGAUAUCGCUAUGAAUAGCUAUCUGCUGAGCUCUACUUUCUCAAUCAAAGAGAUUCCUAUGGUGCAAAAACACCCAAAUCUGUCAGUCUCAAACCAUUAAAAGCAGCCAAUCAAGGAUAUCUGGCAAAUAAUCAUGAAAGUUCUGAUACUUGUUAUGUGACUGGGGUACCCUAUGGUUAAACCAAAGACAAAUUUUAGAAUUACGAUAUCUUUAAUAGUCUUAAUACAUAGUAUAUCAAAUUCCUAUACUUAGAAUGCAUCCAGAUCUUAUUGUAUUAUAAUUAGACCCUUCACCUUAUAUUGCAAGACAAAGAUUCUUGGCUCAUAAAUGUGCACUUUAAAAUGUAGAAGGUUAUGAAUAGUAUGACACUCCUUUGAUUGAUCCCCUAAAACCUCAUGCUUGGGAAGAAGCUAUUGUUAAUUUAGUUGUCUUGGAUAUGCUUAAUGCCAAUAAAAAUAUGGAAGAAAUUGAUUGGUCUAAAGGUCUUAGUACUUAUUCAUAUGCUAAUAUUUAAUCCAAAGAAAUAUAAGAAGCCAAUAAAAAUCUAUUCAUACAAACUAUUGAUGAACAUAUUAUCAACCAUAGAUAUUCAGAAUAUUAUCUCAUUAAUCGUGUACUUUACACAGCCCUUAUGGGUAAACACAAAGUUUUAUUGGCUGACAUGCCUGAUCAUUUACAUAAAUUAAAUAUAGGUGGCACUCUUGAAAUCUAAGAAGCUAGAGAUCUAUUUAAAUAUACUCUACAAAAAACUAAAUAAAUGAAUGAUAUUCCUAUAACCUUAAGAAAAGCUGCUUAUGAUUUCUUACCCCAUGUUUUUUAAACACCCAAAGAUUUAUAUAUGACUGGAAUGUUAAAGAGUGCUUUUGAAGGAUGUGAAACAAUUAAUGCCUAUGUUGGAAUCCCUCACUUAGUUCCCAUCAACAAUUAUUGGGUUGAAGCUCCUCAUGGUAUCAAUUAUACUGAAGCAACUCGAAUUCCACCUAGAAGAACUGGAGAAACUGAUGAAAAUUAAAUUGAAAAAAUGGCACUUUUAGAUGUACUUCUUGAAACUCAUACUUGGGCAGAACCAUAUUUGAGUAAUCCAUUCCCUUAUAUUGUUGAAGAUCUUACACAAGUAUAAUAGAUUCAAAUUAUUCAAAGGCUACAGCUGGAGAUUUGAAGGCCAUGAAAGAAUGCUUCUUACAAUAUUACUAAAAAUAUAGUGCAUAUAAAAAUGAAUUACAAAAGGAAUUACCUAAUUUGAGAAAUCAUGAUAUUAAAUUUAUUGAAUAAUCUAGAUAAGCCAUACCUGAUAUGAAAUAUGAAAAAUCAAUUGAGAUCAAAGCAUUAACAAAUAAAUAAUUAUAAUAAAGAAAUGUAGAAAUAGUAUAAUGA